AUGAGCAAGGAAUUGCCUGACUUGAUGAUUUUACGUAUCUGCCUGCAACAACCCAACUAUGCCCGUAAUCCUGAGGCUGCAGGAAAGAAAAUGAUGUGGCCCGGCAGUAAUCCUGACGACGAGAUUGAUCCCCAAUUGAACACUGUGGAUGCACUAUCUGGUAGACAAGCACAGAGCUCUGGGUUGGUGGAAGAUGGAACAAAGUGUCCCAAUGACAAGGAUCAACAUCCCACUUUAUCACCAAACACCACAUGCCCUGCAAAAUCUCCAAAUACAGUAUGCCCUAUAAAAGCCCUUGAAGUUGAGGACCCAAGCUGGCUUGUUGACAACAAUAGACUAAGGUCUUUAGUGGAGGUGAAAGAUAUCCAAGAUGCUCUAAGGGAUCCUGAACUGCAGAAAAUGAUACUUAAAAUUGACGGGUCUUCAGAACCAGAAAAGGAAUUGGAGAAAGUGAUGGAAGGUCAAGCUUUUCGCCAAUUCACCGAUAAGAUUCUCGACAUUGUCAGUCCACAAGAAUGAUCGCCUAUCCUGUUUGGUGGAACUCUGAUGCUGGAGAAAAUAGAGGCAUCCAGGCAAACAAGGGAAAACGGAGCACCUCAUCUCUGUUUUCCAUUUCCAGGAUGGGGUUCCCUGGUCUAUGGAAUUUAUGCUUACUGCAAAAUAUCUGAGUUACCAAAGAAAUUUCCUAGUUGGUAGCAUCCUACAUUUCGGUUCAGCGACCUGUCCAAGCUCUAUGUUAGUGUAGUAUAGACAGCGACUCUAUACUGACUCUGGAGAGGAUGCUGGGAAGAAAAAUAGUGGGUGGAUGCUUCCACUGACCACCGUAUCUCCUUCAUGCUCUUUGACAGAUGCGAGCUAAGUUGAGCGAUCAAUGCCUGCGAGAAUUCUUGCCGUAAUCUUUGCUUUCGACCUUUUGUUUUAUGAGAAUCUUGUUUUCACCCUGGCA